CCCCCCUCGCUCCUUAACGUAUCUUUUUAGUAUUUAUUUACUUAUUACUAUCCCAACAUCCCAACCAGACAGCAGUGGUGGCCUUUUCUUCUUCUGUUUACUUCGAUUUGCGAAAGUAAAGCACGCAAUGAAGAUACUGAUCUUGGGCUGUGGUGCCGUGGGAGGCUACUUUGGCGGGAAAUUAGUCCAGCAGGGCGCCAACGUUACAUUCUUGGUUCGACCAGGUCGUGGAGAGCAACUGACUCGAGAUGGGCUGAGAAUUGAAAACAAUAAUGGUCAAAUCAACACAAUUUCCAACGUCCAAUGGAUCACAUCGGAUGAUGAUGGAGAGAGCACAGAAAGUUUUGACGUUAUCAUCUUGACGUGCAAGUCAUAUGGUUUGGCAGGUGCUCUCCAAGCCGUCGCCCCCUUUUGUUCCCCGCAAGUUGCCAUUUUGCCGCUCCUGAACGGCAUGGCCCAUUUGGAUGACAUUCAACAAAGCUUUCCAGACGCCAUUGUGUGGGGUGGAACAUGCGGCAUUGUAGCUACGCUGACCCCGGAUGGCACAAUCAAGAAAAUGACGGAAUCUCAGUUUAUCGUGGCGGGAAUACUAUUACCACCGCCGGAUGCAAACAAGGACAGCCACGACAGUGCCCUUACGCCACAAACAUCCGGAAAGGAAGGGGUACUGCAAGCAUUAAUCCAGCUCAUGAAAGAUGCAGGAAUCGACGCCAAUGUCAGCCCCGAUAUUUAUGCCAAAAUGUGGGAAAAGUGGACCUUCUUGGCCACACUGGGUGCUGCUACCUGUUUGUUGGACGCAACCAUUGGUGAAAUCCACAGUGUCACGGGAGGUGCCUCCUACAUUCAAGGCGUGUAUCGAGAAUGCAACCAGGUGGCCACCUCUUGGAUGGGAAAGGAACCCGACGCCGAGCAACAGGAGAAAAUCUUUCAACGAGUUCUGGGAGAUACCAAGUCCAUCGUACGAGCCUCCAUGGCCCGAGACAUGCAAAAUGGCAAUCCUACCGAAGCCGACCAUAUCCUGGGAGAUUUGAUUCGUCGAGCUGCCCAGCGGGACAUUGCGACGCCAUUUUUAUCCACUGCCUAUGCACGGCUACAAAUCUAUGAACAGCAACGGCGACAACGACAGGAGAAGGCAUAGAGAGCCUGAUGGGGGUGCUAUUGGCCCCGCCACUAGCUAGCUAGUUGCGGCUGCCGGUAUACAGUUUCGGGAGACUGGCUUCGUCGCGUCAAUCAUCAACGGAAGAGGGUACCGUAUGGAAGAGAAGCACUUCGUGGAAACUUUCCACGGUUCGCUGCCAUGGAAGUCGAGUGACCCCUGGCUACAAUAGCCCUCAAACGAAACGAAGAAGCAAUCUGGAAUGCUGUCCGCAUCCGUCCUGGUUGCCAGUAGGGGCGAGCUCUCAUUUCCUUGCGAUUUAUCUUAGAUUAUUUUGAUUCCGCUUCAAUAACGCAGUUUCCUUCCACCGAUGAUUCCCAGUCUCUUGACACCUUCGCUUCAACGGGCAAUCAUCGCCUCACAGACCAUGCACGCAAACAAACAAAUAGAGCAUGCAUAAUACGCAGGCAGCAAUGUCCCACGCCAUUUCAUCUUCAGCUGUUGUCGUGUCUUACUGUUUCACCAUCAUAUCCACAAACUCUUCAAAUGACUGGGAGGCACAAGAAACGUCGAUCAAUGAGCGGCAAUGCUGCGGAUAGUUAUGGCCAUGACAUAGAUUACUACUAGCACUUACCAGUCGACCAUCCCCAUCCUGGUCUGCACUCUUGAGCAUGGCUUUAGCCGUGGCCUUUGAGAUAACCUUUUCUCCUGGGCUGUGGAAAAUAACCUGCAAGUCUUCUUUUUCAAUGUACCCAUUUCCAUCCGUAUCAAAGGCAUCAAAGGCUGCUUGCAACUUGUCCCGUUGGCAAACAAGGUCACCUUGCAAAGCCAAGAAUUCACUGUAAUCAACCACGCCAUUUCCUGGUUUGUGAAGAGCAAAGAAGCAGGGAGGAAAUCAGACACUGCAAUGGCCAGGACAGAAUUUGUUUUCAAGACAGCAAAGCUCACCAUCCAUAUCCAACCGCACAAAGAGCUCAUCCAUCUCAUUGCGUGGGAUACGGAUCCCAGCUUUGGCAAACCCAUCCAGUAGCUCCUUUUUAGAAAUGACACCAUCGCUGUUACGGUCGCUGUGCCUAUAGAUCUCAUCCCAUUUUUCUUUGUCAAUCUUGGCCAAAAGAUGGGUGGCAAUGAAGGCACUGACUGCCUGCUGGAGCUUGUCCUUUUUGCUAAACUGGCUCAGUGAUUUCAUGACUUCAUCCUGCAUGGCCGAAUCAACCUUGGCUUCCACUGACUUGGCCACAGCCAACCAGUCAGCAUCGUACGCUUCCGCGGCAGUCGGACGAUCAGGAGGAUUGUAGGUAAGCAACUCCUUCAGCAAUUCUUGUGCCUCUGGUUCAAGACGCUUCAACGCCUUGUGAUAAAUUGCCUUGCUGCUAUCUGAGGGCUUUUCAAAAGGAUAUUUCCCAGUCAGGAGAUGAAAUCCAAUCACACCACAGGACCAAAUAUCAGACUUGGUGCUGGUACCUCCAUUUGCACUGGCUUCUGGUGCAGCAAACCGAGUCUUUUUCUUAGCGAUGCGCCCCACAUCCGCAGCAUUAUCCUCCUCGUCACUGCUGUCUCCGGCCACAGCCUUGGCACCUUUUGAUCCAGUCCUUCCAAUGCUGACGGAAGAAUCAAAAAAAUUGACCACAAGUAGCUUAUCAAAGCCCGAGCCUUCAGGAAUUAGAAUGUUCUUGGGUUGGAUAUUGCCGUGGACGAUGUUAUUCGAAUGGCAGUAGAUCAUGCAUUCCAACAGAGUUAGCAAGAUCUGAGCCACAUGUGGCUUCCCAAAAGCCUCACCAGCUUCCCGUUUCUUUGAGAUGGAAUCAUAGAGACUAUCAUGGGCCAUAUUCUCACCAACAACAAAGUAGUUGAUGUCAUCUUCGUAGGAUUCCAAGACAUGAACCAGGUUUGGAUGGUCCAUUUUCUUGAGGAUUGCAAGCUUUCCCAGAAAGGUCUCCUUAUCAAUGGUCAUUUUCCCAAGAAUUUUGACUGAACGCUGUUCCUUGGAUGCCUUAUGAGUGCACUUGUAGACAUCCCGAAAGGGACGAAGCUUGGCACCAAGCUCAUAGCAAUCUUGAAAGUUUGGAGCAUUUUCUCCCUCAUGAUGAAAGACAAAGGUUUGGUUGUUAAUAUUUACCUCCUUUGCUUUCCCUGACAGGGAAAUUGGGAGCUUCAUGGUUGGAGCAACGAGAGCGAUUUUCAUCUGGCGUACUUUAAUAAUACUCAAUACUCGAGUAGAUGAUUUAUUUGUAUC